UAUAUUAUGAAACUAUUUGUAUUCCUUGGCUUGCUUUCAGUCGCCCUUGGGUUCACUUGGGUCAAGACUAGUAGGGAGUCGGUUAGGUGACUUCAGAGGGAGGAUAGGAAGUUGUGUGCCUAUGGGCUGAAUCCGGAGGCUUGGAGAGUGUGCUGUGAUUUUGAAGAUGAGUUUGAACUCUGUGGAAAUAAGAACGGAGCUAUAUGUUCAGAUGAGUUGGAGAAGCUAGGAGAGAAAGAAGGCUAUGCACUCGCGAUACCUUCUGAGGAAUGUAAAACCACACAGUUCACUGUCAAAGGAAAAGGAGCUGAUGCUAUAUCAAUCAACAUCAGCUAUGUUCCUCCAGAUUUGGUUUGCGUUCUACAAGUUAAGAACAGAGGAUCUUACUCAUCAAGCCUCAGAAUCAUUGAAGACGAGUAUACCAAUAUUGAUGCUUUCGUUUAUGAAACAAAUUUGCAUAAUGAGUUCCUUGAGAAGAGAGGUGAUUUCAGUUCAUCAGAAACCGUCAGCCCUGUCGGCGAUCUGAGGGACUUUCACACCUGGUACGACAACACUUCAGUGGUGGUAGUGCUAGCCAAGAACAAGAGCAAGGGCCAUGGGGUUUUCAAGGCGUUAAUCCAUCCCUUGCCAGCCCCUGAGGAAGAUAUUGAGCAUAUUCACGAUUAUGUCAAAGAACAAAGAUUUUAUAGGACGAUGUUCUUCCUUGGACUUGGAGCUUUUAUGUUUUUAAUUUGUGUUGCUCCUCUUUUGUGCCCAGAUGGGAAGAGAAGAAAAUCAGAGAGGUUACUUGAUAAUGCAGAAAAGGUUAGGUAUUGUGGUCCAAAUAAUCGUCAAGUUCAAAAUUAUAUCUUUCCUCAACAACAACUCUUAGAAAAAGUUGAUGAUGAAAUCCAAAAGCCUAAUCUAAUCGGCACCAACGAACUUGGAGAAUGAGGAUAUAAAAUGAUAUCUCCUCAAACCUAACUCUCAACCACAAUAUCUGAACAAAAUCAAAGGCCAGCUCUCUCCCCUCAAGACCAUAAACCCCUUAAAUUUUGUUCUUAAGCCUCAUUGCCCCUAACCCUACCUCUCUUCCUCC